AUGGAUCGUGUAUAUACCAGAUACCGAGCGGUUUGUUUCGUGCGAGGUAGACUACUGCAGGUUUGCAUCGCGUCUUGGUUCAUGUGCUGUAGGAUGGAGCUUGUUUCAAUGCGAGCAUGGUUGCUUUUGUCGUUGUCUGCUCUCUUGUGGCAGACUGGAUGUUCGUUCCAAGUUCAUACGCUGAGUAGGAUGAGUAGACCAUUGCCCCCAAGGAUGCAGCCGACGAGCAAGAAAGGCAGCGGGAAGUUGUGCAUGCAGGAUCAAGGGGGAGAUAGGCCUCGUGGACCUUCAGAGACGAGCAGGGAAAGGCCAGAGACGCUGAAGAUGAGCAGGAGAAACAUGCUUCUGCUAGGACUGGGGGCUUCGAUGGUGUUGGGCUCCAAAGAAGCAAACGCUGCCUUUGGGCCGGCAGGAUCAGCAGCGAUUUCACAGCCGCCGAUCAAGAACUUAUCGCUCGAAGAUUUCUUAGAGUUGAGCUUGAAAAAGCAGAAGCAGAGACAGAAGAGCCUCUACGACAAACAGAUCGACACCAUGCUCAAGGAGAUUAGAGAGGAGGAGGCGAGAAACUACAAAAGCCUGGAAGAGUUUGAAGACUUGGUCCAGAGAGCAAAGGAGGAUGCAAAGUACAGAGAGUUGCAAGAGCGACUGCUGCAACGGAUGAGGGAGGAGGAGCAGCGGGAUGAGUUGGAGAGGCAGCUGCUGCAGAGACAACAACUCCUGCAGAGGCUUGACGAGCAACCAGCAUGGGUCAGCUAUACAGCCGCGUUUCUAGCAUCGGUGUUCUCAACUGCAGUCAUGCACCCGAUCGACACGAUCAAGAUCAGGCUCAUGUCGUCUCAUCAAGAUGAUCUUCCUCCUCCUCAUCAGUACCCGGACAACCAGUCCGGGGACAGUGGUGUUCUCGAGAACCUGACGACGAGCAGCGAUGAGGUUCCUCAGCAGCACGCGCACGGCCAUGGGCAUGGCCAAGUCAUGGUGGAGGAGAGGGAGUUUUCAAGAGUGGGAACGAUGUUGUUGGAGAAGGCGGAUCAUGGCUGGGAGGGCAGCCAUGAUAUGCAGUUGUCUCUUGAGAAGCAGGAUCGAAAUAACAUCAUCAAGAAUGCUGUUAGCCUGUAUGAUGGAGUCUUGCCCAACAUGAUGAAAGAAGCUCCAAGUUCAGCUCUGUACCUCGGCAUCUACGAGGCUGUUCGCUCACAGCUCAACCUCACGCCCCUCUCCCAAUAUCCUCUGGCUGUCUACCUGCUGUCAGGAGCUGUCGGGGAGCUCAUAGGAAGCGUCAUCCGAGCCCCAAGCGAGGCCGUGAAGACGAGGGUGCAGACGGGAAUCUCAACAGGGGAAGCGAUCAAGAUCGUGGCAGGGGAAGAAGGGAGGAGAAACACAUUCCGAGCAUGGCAGUCGUCUAUCCUGCGCGACGUUCCCAUGGGAGGACUGCAGAUCGCGAUCUUCGAGGGCCUCAAGACUUUCAUCAUCAACUCUCCUGACAUCGACUUCGACGUCAACACCAUCCAGUGUCUAAGACAGGAGCAGGCGGAGGCGUUGCUGGGAGCAUUAGGAGGAGCGAUCGGGGCGUUCCUAACUACUCCGUCGGACAUCAUCACAACUUUGAUCAUCACGAAAUCAGAAAGUUUGUCUGGCGAGGAGCUGGAAAAUGUCAACAUAGCAAGUGUCAGCAAGGAGAUCCUCUCUGAAUCUGGGCCGCUGGGAUUCUUCAAAGGAUCCUUUCAGCGAACAAUCUACUGGGCCCCAGCCAUCGGAAUCUUCUUGUCCGGAGGCAAAAUGCAGAUGUAA